AGUCACAUCAGUCCAGGGGCGGAAUGACCAUUUGGAAACUAGGACACUGCCCGAGGGCCCGGGGUCAGUAGGGGGGCCCAUGAGAUGCCCCUGCUACCUUUUUCAUAGGCUUUUUUGAGUUUGGGCAAUGACACAGGGGCCCCAUGAUCCCCUAUUGCCCGGGGGCCCCAUGAGUUGUCAGUCCGCCGCUGCUUUCAAGUCAUCCCUUGUCUCUGCCCCCCCUACACCCCUCCAAGCAGAAUCGCCUGCAGUCAGUAGCAACAGA